AUGAAAUUCUCAUGCGCAGCCAGCCUCCUGCUGGGAGCUGUCUCCGUUGGCGCUCACAAAUCCGACAAGUACUCCUACGAGUCGACCGAGGCCGACCGCCCUGGCAUCAAUGGCGUAGUCACUGGUGCAAUUCAAUGGCAGUCACCCCCCGUCAACUCAACUCUGUUGAAUGUCAAGGAAUUCCGUACUACUUGUACUGGUUGGACGGCGGGUCACGACUGUGAACGCGUCAUUGACGGCAGAAGCGACACAUACUGGGAGAGUGACAACCUUACUCGUGGGCCACCGUGGAUUUCAAUUGAUCUGAAAACAGUCCACAAUGUCAGUGGUCUGACGAUGCUACCUCGAUUUGAGGACAAUGUCACUGGGGGUCUGAUUGAAUCCCACCGUGUCUACCUGACCGAGGAUGAGCAAGACUGGGGUGAGCCGGUGGCCUACGGAAAAUGGGCCAACAAUAAAGCCAUGAAGCUGGCUUCUUUCAACCCCGUCCCUGCACGCUAUGUCAAGCUCGUUGCCGAUGCGCCUGACUGGCAUGAGCCUAUUUCGAUCGUCAACCUUGGUAUCUAUGCUGCCGAUUAUACUCUCCCCACCCUGCCCGGCAAGGGUGCCUGGGGACCAACCCUCGAUUUGCCCGUCAUCCCCGCCAGUUCGGCCCAGGAACAGAACGGUCAGAUCAUUCUCUGGUCUGCUUGGGCCGAUGACCAGUUCUUUGCUUCCCCCGGUGGCAAGACACUCACCACCACAUGGAAUCCCAAGACCCAGGAAAUCUCGCAAAGUGUGGUUGCUGAAACUCACCAUGACAUGUUCUGUCCUGGCAUGGCCAUGGAUUUUAAUGGAAGUAUCGUCGUCAGCGGCGGUGGUGACGCUGCUAGAACCAGUAUUUUCAACGGAAAGACCUGGGAGUCUGGCCCUGAUAUGCGCCAGCCUCGAGGAUACCAUGCAACAACGACUCUGUCCGAUGGUCGAAUCUUCGCGAUCGGUGGCUCUUGGAGUGGUGGCAACAAGGUCGAGAAGAAUGGCGAAGUGUACAACCCCAUCAAGAAGAAGUGGUACACCCGCUCCGGCGCAAAGGUCGACGCCAUGUUGACGAAUGACCGAUUGGGUCGCUGGCGUGCCGAUAACCACGCCUGGCUAUUUGGAUGGAAGGAUGGCAGUGCCUUCCAGGCGGGUCCCAGUGUGAAGAUGAACUGGUUUACUGUUGAGGGCAGCGGCAGCACCACCUCCGCAGGAAGGCGAAUGGAUGAUGGAGACUCUAUGUCGGGCAACGCUGUCAUGUAUGACGCUGUUCACGGCAAGAUUCUCACUGUCGGAGGCCAGCCGUCUUACGAUGGCUCUUACGGGUCCAAGAACGCCCAUAUCAUUACACUGGGCGCUCCACUUCAAGAGCCUCUUGUCGAGGUCGCCGGAAAAGGUUCUGGUGGCGGCAUGAACUUCCCCCGUGUCUACCAUACCUCUGUCGUUCUGCCUGAUGGCAAGGUUUUUAUUGCUGGUGGCCAGGUCUGGGGAUCGCCCUUCAACGAGGAGACGGUCCAGUUCUAUCCCGAAAUUUACAACCCCGAGGCUGAUACCUUCGACGUCAUGAACGGUCAGAAUAUUGUCCGUGUUUACCACAGCAUCUCCAUGUUGCUCCCUGAUGCGACUGUCCUGAACGGUGGUGGUGGUCUCUGCGGAAACUGCUCCUCGAACCACUACGAUGCCCAGAUCUUCACUCCUCCCUACCUGCUGACUCCUUCUGGAGAACGGCGCGAACGCCCCACGAUCCUGCGUGCUGAUAGCCGAGUCAUCGUGGGCGGGGUCUUGGAAUUCGCGACCGACAAGCACAUUGCUUCUGCAUCGCUCGUUCGCCAGGGAACCACUACCCACACUACCAACACGGACCAGCGCCGUAUCCCAAUCGAGGUGAACGGCCAUGAAGGCCAUUCCUUCAGUUCCAACCUCCCAGAUGACGGUGGUGUCCUGCUUCCUGGCUGGUACAUGCUUUUCGCUAUGGAUUCCGAGGGCACGCCUAGUGAGGCGACCCUGGUCAAGGUGGAACUCCCUCAGUACGCAACCCUCCAGCUCGAGGAAAUGCUGGAGAACGAUAGUGACGGCGAGGACAUUCAAGACCACAGUGAUCAUGAAGGAUGCGAUGAAGAGAAGAUGGCAGGCAUGUUGUCUGCUAUUCUCUCCUCGCCUGGCCGAGCCUGGAAAUCGUGGAGGCCUUCACUCAUCCUGCAGGGCUACUAA